CAGCCAUUGGCUGACCAAGUACUCUGAAGCAGAAGACCCAGGCUAGAGCCACCAGUUGUAAUCACAUCCUUGAAGGCUGAGGGAAGGUCCAAGUAAAGGUCUGCUCCUUCCCCAUUUUCCCCUCCCGGGUGCCCGGCUGUUACCACACUGCUUAGAAGGUUCCAGCAAUGCCUGCACCCAAACCUGGUGACCUAAUUGAGUUCUUCCAGCCUAAAUUUCACCAUUGGGGUAUUUAUGUUGGGAAGAAUUUGAUCAUCCACCUAGUGCCUAUAGGUAAAACAACUACUUCUAUGAUGGCUACUCAUGGCAUAGUGGAGAAGAAACCAUUUAACAUUGAUCAAGGAGAGAACUACAGGGUGAAUAACAUAUAUGAUGAGUUAUACCAGCCACUACCACCUGAAGUGAUCAUCGCUGAGGCCUUGGAGAUGGUGGGGAACAUGGUGCCCUAUUGUGCCAUUACCCAGAACUGUCACGACUUUGUGAUUGACCUGAGAUACGGGAAACAACGGAAGAUGCAGCUCUGUCAGAGCUGUCAGGACCUUGGUGAGAUGAUCAUUGGGAUACUUCGUUUUGUGUUUUGUGUUGCCUUCACACCGCGUGCAUAAUGAUUCUGAGAGACAGACGCCAAAGUCAUCAAGGCCACCUCCAUUAUGGCAGCAUGGCUGGGCUGCAGUUUUCAUUUAGCCAUGUAGCUUGUAGUUAUAGACAUAUAAACAUAUAUAUAUACACAUAUGUGAAAAUAAGGCCUUCCCAGUUUUUUCCUCAAGGAGUGCUGGAACGUAUGCUUUGCCCCAAGCACUAAGAGCCUAGCUCUUCAGAACCCAAAGCAGGGUUACCUCUAGCUGAACGUAAUAGUUGUUCUGGCAAGGCUUGGACAAGAUGCCUUGCUGAAUACCCUGGGAGAUAAAGUCCUUCCUAGAUUGGGAACAGAGGAAUCUAGCCCAGCAGGACUGGAGGUUGUAGUGUUUUCCUUAAGGUGGGAGUCUGGAGGAUCUCUCUUGAAAGAGAGGGCACUCAGAAAGAAGGGAGUAUCACUCAGGUGGUUAACAUCAGAGGUAAAAUCUGAACCCGGGUCCUUUGACUCCAGGGCCAGUGCUCCGUCCACUGAACCAAGCUGCCGGCAGCCACAUCCUACUAUGUGCCAGGCACUAUUAAGCCAUGGGGAGUCUGGGGGGGCGGGAAACACAAAUAAAAGUGAAAGACCUGCCCUCAAGGAGCUCACAUUCUACCGGGGAAGACGACAUGUGAACAUUUAACUGUGUUCAAAAUCUUUACCAAAGAAAUGCCAAGUCAUGUUGAGGGCGGACAGCAGCUGAGGGGUCCUGAAAGGUGUCAUGGAGAAGGUGGGCUGAGCCAUCCUGAGCUAGGGAUGCUAGCUAGAAAGUAGUGGUGAGGGCAUUCUUGGCAUGGGAGCUAGGUGUCUCAUCCUCAGGACCACCCAAAAGGGAUCAUUUUCUAUUUCUAUUUUUUGGCUCAUUCCUCCCUCCACCUCUCUCCCCCAACUUACCUCUAGCAAAUCCCCCAACAGAGUUCAUGUCUGGGUUUCCACAGAUGUUGGUAACAGGGUGCCCGGCUCCUGUGCAGGUACCCAGAGCAAUACAUCCCUGUGGGUAGAGGGCAGCCUUUAUUUUACCCCCCCGGAAAAUAGAAAGAGACCAUACAAUUGAUGCUGAAAACACCCAAAGCCCUCAAAUAGCCCAUAAAUUUUCCUGAACUUAGGGUUGUCAGUGAGGCAACCCCUAGGCAUUCUGGACAAUCCUUCUUUCUCGAGGGGAAGGGCCCUCUCAAGAAGUAUAGUAACAUUCUGUGAUUUGCAUACCCUCCAGGAGAGAAACACACUUGGGGCUGCUGAACAGACUGCCCUUUCCCUGGAUAUGUGCUGGCCCAAUGAGUCAUGGUGUGAGUAGGGAGGAAAGCACCAGUCUUCUGCUACCUUAUCCCAUGUGGUUACUGUUCUCUGGCUUCAGGGACUACAUGGGUAAUCCUGUUCCAAGUGACAUGUCACAAUAGGAAGUUCCCCUGUCUUUCUAGAAGCCAGGUCCUAUUUAUAUGGUCUCUGACAGAGUCCUAAUAAAGCUGCCCUCAACCCCAAUAUUCUAAUUUCCUCAUGGGCCCCACUUAACAGCAGGCGUGGCCUGAUUUAACCACACCACAGGCCCCUAGACUCAAUAUAGCCACUGCCCUUACCUAGCCAUCGCCCCCAGCUGCCCCCCAGAUCUAACUCUCACGUUUAAACCGACGUGUUGUGCACUCAACCACAAUCGCACCAUCCAUUUAGCUCAAGAGAAAUUAUCCACCUUGACCUGACGGAACCACAAUAGCUAGCCAGUCAGAAAGCAGCCCAAGUAGGAUAUUUGAUCACCAAACCAUAGAAGCCCCCCCACCAAGAUAGCACAUGGCCUGUAAUAGUAAAGACCUGACCUAGAGUAAACUUAUGACAUAGAGAAGUUUCUUAUAUCAUUUUCAUACAUAAAUGCUGCCCCCCAUGGGUUUUUCUAUAUGCAUUGUGGGUAAUCGCAUGCACAAUUCCACCGAGGAUGGGACCCCUCCCCCAUUACCUAAUCCCUUAACACAUCCCUCCUGCUUUUUAAUAUUCAUAAUUUCUGUUAUAUGAUUGCAUCUUCUGUUAUAUAAAAAUCCAUCUUGCUUUCACUGAAGUUGCUGGUUCCUCUUGGAACUCAGCCCACUUAAUGAGAGAUGUCAAUUUCAAUAAAUGCCUUUGCCUGGUCUGGAG